AUGUUGAUUAAAUCGCUUCUGACCUCGGCUCUCCUGGCCUUCUCGCUGGGCGAGUCGGUCGCUGCAUCCAAGCAUGGACACUUUGGACAGCUCGCCCGUCUUCCCCAAGAGAGGGCUAAGAAGACUGUUGAAGCUCAGCGGAAGAAGGUUUCCCGCAGCACCAAGAACUUCGAGUACUUGAGCAAGAAGACCAAGCCCUACCUGGUCGAUCACUUGCCCGAGGUCAACUUCGAUAUUGGAGAAAUGUACUCCGGCUCGGUGCCAAUUGAGAAGAAUGACACCUCGCGUAGCCUGUUCUUCAUCUUCCAGCCCAAGCUCGGCGAGCCGGUGGACGAGAUUACGAUCUGGCUGAAUGGCGGUCCUGGCUGCAGUUCCAUGGAAGCCUUCAUUCAGGAGAACGGUCGCUUCCUCUGGCAGCCCGGUACCUUCGCUCCCGUCGAGACCCCUUACUCCUGGGUCAACCUGACCAACGUGCUGUGGGUCGAUCAGCCCGUGGGAACCGGAUUUUCGACGGGUACGCCUGUGGCUACCUCAGAGGAGGAGAUAGCCCAGGAAUUCGUCAAGUUCUUCAAGAACUGGCAGGAGAUCUUCGGGAUCAAGAACUAUAAGAUCUACGUUACCGGUGAAAGUUACGCCGGACGAUAUGUGCCCUAUAUCUCCGCCGCCUUCCUUGAUGAAAAGAACAAGGAGCAUUUCGACCUCCACGGUGCUCUCGUCUAUGACCCUUGCAUUGGUCAGUUUGACUACGUCCAGGAGCAAGUGCCCACCGUGCCAUUCGUGAAGGAGAACGCCAACCUGUUCAACCUCAAUGACACCUUCAUGGCCGAGCUCGAGCACCUGCACAAGAAGUGUGGCUACGCCGACUGGAUUGACGAGUACUUGACUUUCCCUCCGCCCAAGCACCAGCCACCCAAGCCUUACGCCCUGACCUCACUGGAUGAGGAAUGCGAUGUGUUCGACCUGGCCAUCAACGCCGUUUCGGCGGUCAACCCCUGCUUCGAUGUGUACGAAAUCAACCUGCAGUGCCCCAUUCUGUGGGAUGUGACUGGCUUCCCCACCUCGCUCGUCUACACCCCCGAGGGCGCCCAGGUUUACUUCGACCGCCCCGACGUGAAGCGCGCUCUGCACGCACCCUCCAACAUCACCUGGGUGGAAUGCUCCAACAAUCCCGUCUUCGUGGGCGGCGAUUCCGGCCCCGAGGGUGAGGGUGACACCUCCGCCAACCCCAUCGAGAAGGUCCUGCCCCAGGUCAUCGAGGCCACCAACCGCGUGCUGAUCGGCAACGGCGACUUCGACAUGAUCAUCAUCACCAACGGCACCCUCAUGGCCAUCCAGAACAUGACCUGGAACGGCCAUCUCGGAUUCCAGAAGAAGCCGGAGACCCCCAUCGACAUCAAGAUUCCCGACCUGGUGUACGCCUCGGUCUACGCGGAGAACGGCGAGGCCGGCAUCGACGGCGCGCAGGGCAUCAUGGGUAUCCAGCACUACGAGCGUGGUCUGAUGUGGGUUGAGACCUUCCAGUCCGGCCACAUGCAGCCCCAGUUCCAGCCGCGCAGCUCCUACCGUCACCUGGAGUGGCUGCUGAACCGCACGCAGACCAUCUAA